UGAGCGUUUGCGUGGGGGAGGGGACCCCUGCCUGCGCAUCACUAUUGACUGUGUGUGUGUGUGUGAGUGAGAGAGAGCGUGUGUGUGAGUGGAUGGCGUGGGCUUCUCCUCUCCUCUUUCCAAACCGCACAGCAGCAUCAUCAUCAUCACCACUCGCUCCAGAGCAACAGCCUCGUGCGCAUCAUCACCUCCAUCCUCCUUCUCAUCCUCAUCAUCUCCACCAUCUCCAGCCUGAAGAGGGACCACACGCGCGCACGCAGGAGUAAAAGACACAAGAAGAGCCUGUUGCCGCGUCAGGUGUGCUGAGAGUCAACUCUUCAGGUCCGUGAACAAACUGAAGCACCGGAACUUUCACGCGGCCUCUUCACACAACCUUUGACCCCCUUUUGCAUCUCCUGAACCUCUGUAAACAUGGAGGACGGUUACCAAAACCGGACUGCCUUCAUUAAAGGUGCCAAAGACAUUGCCAAAGAAGUCAAGCGGCAAGCUUCCAAGAAGGUCGGGCGUUCGGUGGACCGGGUGAGCGACGAGUACAGCAGACGCUCCUACAGUCAGUUCGAAGAGGACGAUGAUGACGACUACCCGACGCAGGGAAGCCAGGAUGGAGGUUUCUACCGCGAAGACAGCCAGGCGGCCAAUGAAGAUGAGGGCGGCCACAGCGACUCUACAGAGGGUCACGAUGAGGAUGACGAGAUCUAUGAGGGCGAGUACCAAGGAAUCCCCAGGGCUGAAUCAGGCAAAGGAAGCCUUGCUGGUGGCCCAGGCACCAUCGGUGAUGGAGCUCAGCAGUUCAGAGACAUCGGGGCGUCUGAGGCCGAGAGGAGGAAGGACCAAGAGGAGCUGGCUCAACAAUACGAGACCAUCUUGCAAGAAUGUGGUCACGGGAAAUUCCAGUGGUGCCUGUACUUUGUGCUGGGGUUGGCUCUCAUGGCCGAUGGCGUUGAGAUCUUCGUGGUCGGAUUCGUCCUGCCCAGUGCUGAGAAGGACAUGUGUCUGUCUGAACCCAACAAAAGCAUGCUAGGUCUGAUUGUGUAUUUCGGGAUGAUGGUCGGGGCUUUCCUCUGGGGGGCACUGGCGGACCGGAUAGGUCGUCGUCAGUCUCUUCUCAUCUCGCUCUCCAUCAACAGCGUUUUCUCCUUCUUCUCCUCCUUUGUCCAGGGAUACAGCACUUUCCUCUUCUGCAGACUCCUCUCCGGCGUUGGGAUCGGUGGAUCAAUUCCCAUCGUGUUUUCCUACUAUUCCGAAUUUCUGUCCCAAGAGAAGCGCGGCGAGCACCUGAGCUGGCUCUCCAUGUUCUGGAUGAUGGGGGGAAUAUACGCAUCUGCUAUGGCCUGGGCUAUUAUCCCACACUAUGGUUGGAGUUUCCAGAUGGGCUCUGCAUAUCAGUUCCAUAGCUGGCGUGUGUUUGUGUUAGUGUGCGCGUUUCCCUCUGUGGCAGCCAUCGCUGCCCUCAGCGUCAUGCCAGAGAGCCCACGCUUCUACUUGGAGAAUGGCAAACACGACGAAGGCUGGAUGAUUCUGAAGCAAGUCCACGACACUAACAUGCGGGCAAAGGGAUACCCAGAGAAGGUGUUUUCUGUCACAACAAUCAAGACGGUGAAACAGGUGGAUGAGUUGGUGGACACCGGCACUGACACUCCAGUCUGGCAACGCUACAGACUGAAGAUUAUGAGCCUCUCCCAUCAGAUCAGGAACAACAUUGUCGCCUGCUUCAGUCCUGAAUACAAACGGACAACCUUCAUGCUCAUGGCUGUUUGGUUUAGCAUGUCUUUCAGCUAUUACGGUCUGACCGUGUGGUUCCCAGACAUGAUCAAGUACAUCCAGAAGCAGGAGUAUGACUCAAAGACAAAGACCUUCACCAAGGAGCGAGUGGAGCAUGUCACGUUUAACUUCACCCUGGAGAACCAAGUGCAUCGUGAAGGACACUACUUCAAUGACAAGUUCCUCAACCUGAAGAUGAAAUCCAUGGUGUUUGAAGACUCCGUGUUUGAGGAGUGCUUCUUUGAGGACAUCACCUCCACUCACACCUUCUUCAGAAACUGCACCUUUAUCGCCAGUUUGUUCUACAACACAGAUUUGUUCAAAUACAGGUUUGUCGACUGUAAACUGGUCAACAGCUCAUUUAUCCACAACAAGGAGGGCUGCAUUCUGGACUUCAGCGACGACUUCAACAAUGCCUACAUGAUAUACUUUGUCAACUUCCUGGGCACGUUGGCGGUGUUGCCUGGCAACAUCGUCUCGGCUCUGUUAAUGGACAAAAUUGGCCGUUUAAGGAUGUUGGCGGGAUCCAGCAUCAUAUCCUGUGUCAGCUGUUUCUUCCUGAUGUUCGGCAACAGUGAGUCGGGAAUGAUCGCCCUCCUGUGUCUGUUUGGCGGCAUCAGCAUCGCUUCGUGGAACGCGCUGGAUGUGAUAACAGUGGAGCUCUACCCGUCUGAUAAGAGGACCACAGCGUUUGGCUUCCUGAACGCUCUCUGUAAGGUGGCGGCCGUCCUGGGCAUCAGCAUCUUCCAGUCAUUUGUCGGCAUCACCAAGGCCGUACCCAUCAUAUUUGCCGCUGGCGCGCUCGCUGCAGGUAGUUUCCUUGCAACCAAGUUGCCUGAAACACGAGGCCAAGUGUUGCAGUAAAAGAGAUGGCCAGCAGUGGGCAGCAGAGUACAGCUGGAGUGUGUUUGACAAACCAGAGAGAUUCAGCGCUGCCCCAUCGCACACCAAGAGAAUAGACUGCCAUCCCAUUGUAAGCCCAGAAUCCUUUGAAAUAUGGAUCGAGUCUUUCAAAGUCCAAACAGACCCACAGAGAUUAACAGAAGAGCACACAGAUGUAGAAAUAAACACCUUAAUUCAGCUGUGCUGUCAGGUUUGAUCCGAUCUUUAACAAAAGUGUGCUAUCGACAGGGUGAAGUGGAAAUGUGCUGUUAGGAUAAAAAUGUGAAAAGACAGAGUGGUCAAAUGAAACAGAAAAAAAAGCCAUUUCUGGAGGGACGUGUGACACAAUUUCAUCCAUUUUUGUGACUGUUUUUCUUUGUCAUCUGUCCUCAGUCACCGGCUUUCAGUGCUCAUAGAUGUGUUUGUAGAUUUCCCUUUGAAAAGACCGUAAAUAUUAACUCACAGGUCGAUUACGUUUCUCUAAAAGCACCAACGACCCUUCGCCCCCCACUGAGCACUGCAGAUUUCUACUACAUUACAUAAAAAGAAGACUGGAACCAGACACAGAAAGUUUCAUUCGUCCUGGUUUAGUCUCGUCUUAAAAAGCUCAAAACAUAUAGUUGAAGUGACAUUUCACAGGAUUCUCAGUCGUAAAUGGGACUCGUUCCUCUGUGUUCAGUGUUUUCCCUCCUUGUCGUUGAACCCUCCAGCUGUCGCAGUCUUCUGAUGCACACGUCUGCGUCACAGGGACAGCUGUGGGACGGAUUUGUGCUGUACUUAACGUGAGAGCAGAUACACAAGUGUAAUAUUUGCUGAAUUAUUUGCACGAGUGUGUUUUAUGUCAGUGUGUGAGUGUGUGUGUGUGUGUGUGUGUGUGGGAAAGUGUGAUUCAUCCCUGUAGACGUCAACAUUUCAUGCAGAUCAGACUAAUUACAUUUUGUUAAUCAAAUCAAAUGAUUUCUAACGCAGUAGCUCAGGUGUAGUAAGAAUACUCAAGUACGUCUACAGCUAAUAUCAUUUUAGCACCACUGUACCACAUUAUUAGUAUUGAUUAGCCUUAUAAUGAAAAAAGUCACAAGAGCGUUAAAGUUCAUUUGACUGUGGUUAAAAGUCAAAGUCAUAUCAUGAGAUUUUUCCAAAGCGACUUUGUGUUAAGAUUUAUGCUUUGUUGACGUAGAGGGGUUGUUUUUUCGUUUUCACUUUGACUAAAAUGACACAGUUUACGCUCUUAAAUGUCCCUUGUGCCCCCUAGAGGUCAUGAUAUGACUUUAUUGGCGUUGUAAGCACAAACAGGACCAAAAAAAGAAAAAGUCUGAUUAAAUCAUGAACAUAGGCACAAAGAGAAAAAACAGACUAUGAAAAGAAAUUAAUUUUUAAGGGCUUAAAUGAGUUUGGUCACUGCCUCCACAUCAUAUCACAAAAAGUGAAAUCUUUUACAGUGCUUCUGCAUAGUACUGUUAAAAACUCUUUGAACUAAAUUAGACAGAAUCACUAAACGAGUUACUUAGCUCACUACUUCACUAUCAUUUCUCCAAAGGUAUACAUUAAUAUGUGUGCUGACAAUCAGUGAGUGAGUACAUGUGUGCAGUGUGUUGACUAUGGAUGUAUGUGUGUGUGUGUGUGUGUGUGUGUGUGUGUGUGUGUGUGGGAGAGAGACGCAGAGAGACGUUUUUGUUAUUGGAAUUGUUGGACAUUGGACAUUUUAGGAAGUUCUUUUCACUUUUUAAUUUGUUAGCUUAGCUUAGCCUGAAAGAGGGGCAAACAGCUGGCCUGGCUCUUUGCAAUAUUAGCAAACAAGAGCCAAACCUGCCCAUUAAACCUGGGCCCCAUAGUAAUAAUAAUAAUAAUAAUAAUAAUAAUAAUAACAAUAAUAACAAUAAUAACAAUAAUGAAUUUUAUUUAUAAGCGCCUUUCCAACAUUCAAGGACACUUUACAAAGACAAACAAUGAUAAAAACAGACAACAGGACGACACAGUAAAACAGAUAACGGAGUGAAAUUAUAGAGAGUAGGCUAUUUUGAAGAGGUGGGAUUUGAGUCUGGAUUUGAAGAGGGGAAGAGAGUCAGAGUUGUGGAUUCCAGAGAUGGUGCUGAGGCGGGCGAAGGGCACAGUGAGGUGGAUUUGAGGAGGAGGAUCUGAGGUUGCGAUGUGGAGGAGGUCGGAGAGACACGGAGGGGCGAGGUUGUGGAUGGCCUUCAAAGCAUACAGGAGGAGUUUGAAUUGAAUUCCGAAAUUAACUGGGAGCCAGUAGGAUGUAGGGUGGGGGUGAUGUGGUGGAAUGAGGGGGUUCUGGUGAUGAUUUCUGGACCAGGCCCUCCAGGCCAUAUCAUGUGGCCCACCACUUUUAAUCGAGUUAUAAUGGAAUUAAUUCUGUAUGUUUUUGUUUUCUUUAGUAAUAGAUUGAUUUUGCAUUUUGUAAUUGUGAACAAUAUAUUAUUCCAUAUCAACACGGACACUUUUAUUUUGAAAUUCUGUGAAACAUCUAUUAUUGUGAUUGCGUAAUUCUGCGAUAUUACUUUAAAUACAUCUGACUAGACUCUAUGCUCAGUGGCCCCAAGGUCAUUUGAGUUUGAGAGCCCUCUUGUGGUAUCAAUUUUCAUUUAACUCUCAAACGAGAGUAUUUCCCCAAAUGUCUUAUUGUCUAUUCCUUUAAUGUUGUCACUCUGAGGAUGAAGUCUCUCUUUUUGCUGAUUGCGUGCAGAGUCUUGUGAGUGUGCUGUGACUGUGAACGACUUUGUUCCAUCGUGUUCAUGCGUGCGAGGCUGUCUGGAUGUCGUUGCCGUGCGCAUGUGUGCAUGCGUGUAUAAGCUGACUGUAAAUCGUCUGUCACAUAUUUUUCUACUUUUUUCUGUUGCGGUAUUUUCAUCCCUGUGAUGAAUACAGCUCAGAUGGGGACCACGGAAAUAUAUUUAGACAAGAGGAAGAAAAACAAACAAACAAACAUCCUAAUGCAAUAUAUGCAGUGCAGACUUUAUUGUGUUGUUCUUCAUUAUGGACUCUGGUGCUCUUUUGCUGGAACAAUUCAGUCUUUCAAACAAAUCCCACGAGAGAUAACUAACCCUGGAGAUAACAUGCGGUCUGUUCUUCCGGUUAGAAACACGAUAAAAGGAUCACAUCUUAAAUUAAGACGACUCCACCCUCCAACCCUUCUGUAUUCAACCGAUUGUGACGCAUGUUUGUAUCGUAUUGUCUGACUUUUUGGACGUCCUGUAUGCCAGCUGUUUUUGUCUAAAGCAAGAACUUGUGUUUUCAUUGUUGUAUGAUGACAUAGAUUUGUUGCUUGCAGUGAUUGUUCUUAAUCAAAGUGGGGUUAAAAUUGGUAAAACUUGAGUAUGUGUUCAUGAAAGUACGUUAGUGGUGACUGUGACUCCUUGUUUACCUUGGACCCAGGUAACUUUUUGAAUAUAUUCAUAUAUAAAUAUAAACUGUAUAUGCCUGAAUUUCUGAGGAGGGCGCUUUUACUUCGUGCAAUUCGUCUUGCAGAGGUACAAGAUAUAGCUGUGGAAGGAAAAGAACGGGGGUAAUGCACUGAGUGAAGGGAGCUGAAAAUGAGCAUCAAUUAAUCAACCGAUUUGAAAGAAACGUGUUUGUCCCUGUGAGUCCAUAAAAGCGGGAGAGCCGAAAGCAAUUAAGCGGAGGCUUUCUCUGAGGAGACGGGAAUAUUAAACUCAAAAGGACCAACUCACCAAAAGAGCAUCCUAUGUCAAAUUGAAGCUCCUGUCCAAAAAUGUUAACUAUGUAAUGUUAAUAUGUGUAAAAGUUUAUAUUCCUACAUACAGAUAUUAGAUAUAUAUAAACUAUCAAAGGGUUAUUGGUUUGAGUUUUAUCUCCAAUGAUAAUGGCAGUGGUGGUAGGUGGUCAAUACAGCUAAUUCAGCCUGAAGACUUCCCCUAAUGAUGAUAAAGUGGUGGUCUGAUAAAGGGGAUGGAGGACUUUUUAAUGGCAUGGUGUGUGAUCUUCUCAACUCUUAAGAGCACACAGAUCACUCCCGAAUGAAUCAGGACCGACCCAUGCCAGAAAACAACUCCUUCAUCUGCUCAGGACUGAACAGUGUCGUCUGGACCGAACGAAGGAGUUUUGUGUUAUGUUUUUUCAAAUUUUCUUUACUUUGACUCUGACCUGUUUAUUAAAUGAUUUCAAGUUCUACUCUAAAUGUGAGUUAAAUUCAAAAAUCAGUGUACUGUGUGUAGGAACUGUAGAUGUUUGUAUGUGUAAGUAUGGAAUUUGUGGAACAAAAGAUCAAGGAAAACAAUUCCUAAAAAUAUGACACAAAAAAUCUA